AAAAAAAAAUAAAUAAAUAAAUAAUACAAUUAUCGAACUUGGUCUUUUAUUAAAUUUAAAAAAAAAAAUACCUCGAAAUGUUUUCUAAACGUGUGGUUAUAUCAAUGUUAGUGAUUGGUUGUUUUGUUCAAUAUAUAACUUGUCCACCACCAACAAAUAAAAACCGAACUCCGGUACAAUCACUGAAUAGAAGCGGAUCACAACCACGUGAAGUACAGCCUGCAAAGAAGGAUGCUAAAGAUAAGGUUAUAGCCAGAACUUCAAGUAAUCCGGCAAGGAGACUGGCGAGACCUCAACUUGUAAGCAUAAACUCAAAUACAGGUGGUCUUGACGAAGAAAUCGAGGAAGAAAAACCCACUAGUUCUUUCAGAAGAAUGCUUAGAAAAUUAAAUAAUUUCAGGAAAAGAUUUUGUCCGAUUGGUUUAGCUAUCAGAAAAUUAAGAGAAACCAAAAGCUUUAAGAUUUUAAGCAAAAUAAAACCAACCGACGAUAAUUAAACCCUAAUUAAAUUAUUAUACAAAAAACAGUUGUAACAGUCUUACUGACCACAAUUUUAAUUAUAUUACGGUUAUUUAGUAAAGUUAUGGUUAAUAUUACAUGUAUAAAAAAUGUACUGAUAAAGUACAUGUAUAAUAAUGUAACAUAUUUCAAAAUUUGGGUUA